AGUGCAUGUAAGAUGAUUAUCUAUGAAGUAUGAAGUACGUUUUAAAAAAGGGAAAAAUGGCGGAUAACGAUGUAAAUGGUGAUUCUGACGAAGUGCAGCAAGAAAAAUCACAGAAAAAGACGGCGAAACACGAUAGCGGGGCGGCAGAUUUGGAAAAAGUUACAGAUUAUGCAGAGGAAAAAGAAAUAUCCUCGUCCGAUGGAUUCUCUUGUGCAUUAAGCAUAAUCGGAGAUCGACGGAAUAAAGAAGUAGCGGAAAAGAAGGCAAGAGAGAAGGAAUUGCUAAAAGUUCCUAUUAAAAAAGAAGACGUAGAUCUCAUUAUGAAAGAAAUGGAAAUAAAUCGAAAUGUAGCGGAGCAAACACUCAGGGAACAUAGAGGAAAUGUUGUAGAGGCAUUAAUUACUUUAACAAAUUAAGUGUACAGCAUCAACUUCGAACAGACAUUCACAUAAGUCUUAAUUUUAUUGUAAAUUGUACGAUCUUAGGAAUUGUUAUAACUGGAUUAUUAAUAAUUUAUUCGUGUAUAUUACAAAAUAUACUCUAAGUGAUAUAUAUACGUAUAUACACAUACAUACACAUAUA